UGAAGCUAGACCCCAGCUUUACUAGCAUGCAUAUCAGGAUUCCUUAUGCACGGGCAGCGUUCGAAGAAGAAAGCCAACAAUUCGAUGGCAUCAACUGCCCGGCCUAAGAACGUGUGCUUAACCAUGCACCAACCCUGGGCGUCGCUACUGGUUGCCGGUAUAAAGCGCGUCGAGGGACGAAGCUGGCCAACCGAGCACAGAGGAAUCCUGUGGGUUCAUGCAGCAGCGAAGGAGCCAAACCCUGCGGAGGUUCGCGCGGUGGAGGACCAAUAUCGGUCAAUCUAUGCUGCUGACGGUAUCUCAGACAAGCUGUGUCUACCGACAUCAUAUCCAACUUCUUGCCUCCUCGGUUGCGUGGACAUCGUGGGCUGCCUGCCUCCGGCGGAAUUCCAAGCAGCAGAGGACAUGCCCUUGGGUCCAAAGCUUGAGAGUCAGUCAGAAUUUGUUUUUCUCUGUCAAGAUCCAAGGCAGCUUGUUCUACCAUUCAGCUUAUCGGGACAACACAAAUUGUGGAAGUUGGACAAGCCCACCAGGGAGGCGGCCGAAGCGGGGUUGGGAGCCAUUGUUCACGGAGUCUCUCCAGCCGUCUUCCGUUCUUGCUAGAAGAUGGCUGUAGCGCAGUGGUCGCGAUUGCUUUGUUCCGUCGAGUAGCUUGCGUCUUGUUCGACCGUCCCGAACACUUCGGAUCAUUUACCUGCGCUGAAACGCGAAAAAGGCGCCCCUUGUUUGUUCUUUGAGGGCGGCUUAAGCUGUUGUUGCUGCGAUUCUUACGCGGAGAGUUGCGGCUGUGUGUUUCCCCUACUACUAUAUUUGCUGCCCUCGCUGACCUUCGCCUUGGAAUUUCGAUCCUGAGUAGGUUUGGUCUGAUCCCUGGACGGGAGUCAACUUCCUUCUCGUCGUCUCGCAGCUCAGAUAUAGUUGGGGCCAUCCGUGUUGCCUGACCGUCCACAUCCUGAAUUUUUGGCGUAAAGGGCUGUCUGCCUGGUUCACGAUGAACCCGACAGAGAGGACGGGCGUUUUGAAAGGUGUGUAAGGUGCAGUGUGCAGUGUACUACAGGAUGUGCGCGGUUGAAUCGUAGAGCCCGGCCGAACCUCCAGGACGUUAGGAUGGGGUUGACCUGUGUGGGCGAGACGCGAAAGCGACGAUGCCAUGCUUUGUAGGGAUGCGAAGAUAACCUCUGCAGUUGUUUUUGCGGCUCCUAUGCAUACCGUAAUGUACAAGUACCUUGUGUGUGGCCAAGGUCCUGACUUAAGGCGAUCGUCUUUACGAUAUUUCGGGGGGGGUGUGGGCUACCCCAUCCGGCGUGCCUCUGUGUUAGUUUGCUUCAUGUGUCUCUUGAUUUGCACGAUAUUUCUUCGCGUCAGAUUGCGACAACGGACGGUAGUUGGUUUGUUUGCCUUCGACACUACGGAAGAGAACAUCCUGGAUAAUUCAGAACGAUCGUGGAAGUGACCACGACCACCACC